CACAGCCUACCUGACUAUUCCUGUUGACCAUUUCCAUCCCUUCAUGACUACAGUGUAGUCAUCUUCUGAUGGCUCCUCCUAACAGGAUAACCUGCCAUGUCAUGAAGCUCAUAUCAUCUCCAACUGGUUUCUUGAACAUGACAGUGAGUUCAGUGGACUCAAAUGGCCUUCACAGUCACCACAUCUCAGUCCAUUAAAGCACCAUUGGGAUGUGCUGGAAGGGGAGAUUCACAUCAUGGAUGGGCAGCUGACAAAUCUGCAGCAACUGUGUGAUGCUGUCAUGUCAGUAUGGACCACAAUCCCAGAGGAAUGAUUCCAGAACCUUGUUGAAUCUGAGCCAUGAAGAAUUACAGCAGUUCUGAAGGCAAAAGGGGGUCCAACCUGGUGCACCUAAUAAAGUGGCCGGUGAUUUGGAUGCCUCCCUCCAGAGGUGUUUGGGGCAUCUCCAGCUGCAGGAGACCUCAGGGUAGACCCAGGACACACUGGAGAGAUGAUGUCUCUUAGCUGGCCCACGAACACCUCAGUAUCCCUCUGAAGACGUUGGAGGGGGUGACAGGGAAAAGGGACAUCUGGGCACCUUUGCCACCCACAUAAGUGGCAGUAAAUGGGUGGAUGGAUGGAUGGAAGCUUUAAUAGUGGUGAAUGAUUACAAGAUCCCUUUGUGUGUUAUUUCCAGAACGGACCUUCAGAAGACAUGCUUCUACACUCGUGGCUGCUCCUUCUUCUGUCCCAUCAAAUUCUCUGGACCAAAGUCAAGUCGUCCCCCUGGAUAUAUGAAAGCUCCUAUGAUGACGAUUAUAAGUGGUGCCAGCUAGAAAGACAGAAGGAAGUCAAAGAGAGCUUCCUGACCUAUGACCUUAACAACAACACGGCCUUCAGAUGUGCCUGGAAGAGAGCAGAAGAAUAUUGGAAAAGCAAGACAUUCCCUUCUGGCGUGGACAAGGAGGUACUUCUGGCUGUCACGGCCUACACAAGUAAUUCAUGCUACGCUAAGUUUAAUGAGGCUGUGGAAUCUGGUGUGUUUACAGUGACAAGCGGCCAUUACAGGUCCAUGCAUUUUCUGCUCACCAUGGCCAUGGAAAACUUCAAAGUUAAGGCAUGUGUUACAUCUUACAGAGGAGUAAAGGUAGAAAUGAGGCCAAAGGUAGGAGAGGCCUUUCGCUUUGGAAGAUUUGCGUCAUCUUCCAGGAGUCGUGCUGUCGCUGAGGCAUUUGGGAAAACAACCGUAUUCAUCAUCACCACAUGCUACGGGAUGGACAUUACCCAAUAUUCCCUUUUCCCAUUGGAAAAUGAGGUGCUGAUUCACCCCUACGAAGAGUUUGAAGUGACAGCAGUCAAUAACAGUGAAGUCACGCUGCUCUCCAGGAAGACCACCAUCAACUACAGAUGUGCUCCUCUGAGCGGUUCACCCAGGAUUGGCAUCACCUCGCUGGAAGUGGGCCUGUGCUCUUCUUUCAUUGUAGCUCUUCAGAUAUUCUUCAAUACUUCUAUAUUGUAAUAAAGUUUAUACAGUUUUCUUAU